AUGCUUGACAGAACCCGCUGGCCAGUUGGUAUAUAUAAUCUUCCGCCCAGAACUGGAACGCUAACAGACGUGGAAGAUUCUGAUAGUGAUUUCUUCGGUCUUUCUAUCCUUGAGGCAUCAAAAAUCCCCUGCAUGCUACGUCUGUUGCUCCAAGUGAUUUAUGAGUGCAUUAUAGAUUCUGGAAUUCCACGGAAAACACUAAGCAAGUCACGAACUGGAUUAUACUUGGCAAUUAACUUUUGUGAAGACCAAGAAAUUAACAGAGGAUUUGACAACUCCCUUUACAGUGAUUCUCUCCUGAGCCGAAUCUAUGCCAAAAUAGACAACGUCGUGUGCUUGUCUGAUGGUUAUAAAGAGCGUGGCUUGGUUGGUUUACUGAAAUGCGUGCUUUCAAUCCAUCACGGUGUGAUACCGCCAAACGUGAACCUUACGUCGCCGCAUCCUCUCCUCACUGAAUCAAAACCUUGGGCAAAAGUUGUAACACAAGAAACCAAACUGCCAGAUAUGGUUGUAGAUAUAAAGAGUAGAACUGGCGACAGUACAAUCUGGCUCAUCCUCAACGACAUCCUCUUCGCUGAUCAAUCAAUGUUUAACGAAGACUUGCUUCAGAUAGAGUUCGUCAAUAGAUCCUUUGACAAAUACCAAUCUAUUUUAUGCUCAAAAGGCAGUGAUGUAUUCCUCUCUAAGAUCUUUUCAACGGAAGAGCGCAAACGUCGAUUUAAAGACCAAUUUUUCUUAAGUGCUGCAACUUUGAUUGAUUUUAAAGAGGCUCCUUUCGAUCAGAGAUCAUUUGCUGUAAGAAGUGUUGAUCUACCAAAACUUUACCCAAGAGCCACUCCAGUAGCUAUUGUGAGUGAAUUUAUUUCCUACAUCAAUAUUCCCAAAGACGACGAAGAAUCUUUGAAGACUAUAUGCACAUCUGAUGGCUUGCAUAAAGAGGUUUUCCCGCCAAUCCCAAACUAUUGGCAACAGGAAUUGGAUGAAACUUUCACUCUACAAUUGAAAAGCAUUUUGCGUCCAAAAGAAAGAUCUCGAUGUCUGAUAUCUACUUCAGUUUUUUCUUUCUUUCAGAUCGGGGCGCUGGACUGUCAACAAUUUGGAUUUAACUACGUUCAUCAUUUGCUGACACAUCCAGUCGACCUUUCUUUGGCCAAGGUUCCCAAACACAGUGAUAUAUUUCUUAUCAAUGGCGAUAAACAAACAGGACGUCUACUUCUGAUAUCUGAAACUAUGGAAUUUACUUACUGCCAUCCAGAUUGUUCUUCUGUAUUGUGUACACUUGGAAACUUGCAUCUGUUGACUGACAACAUUGAUGUAGCCAAAGUAAAUCCUGACGUAUUUCCUUUGGAUCACACAACUCCGCCUAUUGGUCACCUCAUCACUUGGAAUCAUGAAUAUUGGCCAAUUCCUGAAUGGCAACGUUACUGCACACCUAUAAGAAACCAACUUAUAACGGAAUAUCCAGUCGAGUCCCAUGAUAGACACGCACCAAUACCAAUUUUGAUUGCAAACGUCGUUGAAAUCCUUCAGAAGCCGAUGUGUGCUGUUGCUGUCGAAAUCACCUACAUUGUAGAAAUUACCCGACAAAUGAUCGAUGGUGCCUUAAUUGGAAUCCAUGAAGGAAUGCACAAAAUCACCGGCUACACAAAUUAUGAAGAAUUAUUCCUUGGUUUCUUCAAACAAAUGGAAAAACUCCCUGAAAACCUUAUCCUUGAUGAUAAAACCGAAAAAAGCCUGAGCACUGUCAUUACCUGUGAUGGAAGUGUCAUAGACUUUAUAAAUACAACCUACAACUUUGGUAGUAUGAAAUUCAACACUGUACCCUAUGCCUUUUUAUAUGAUGAAAGAUACCAUAACAGCUUGAUUACUGCCAGAAACACUCUCAAUAUAAAUAUUGAAUAUGAGACAGGAAUCUGUCAGGCUGGUGGAUUUGUAUUAAAAUUUCUACCAAAGCAAAUCUCUGAAACACCAACUAAAGAGAAUCUGCUCAACAUAUUGGUGACAUACUUUUUGUUAUAUGAUAUAUCUCAGCAAACAGAAGCUUAUGUAAUAAUCUAUACUGGCUGCAAUCAAAAUGAAACUCAACAUUAUAUAGGAGUUUGCCUACUUGCUGAUAAAUACAAAUUUGUUCAAAAGCAAAUCAAAGUUCCUAGAAAGCUACAAAUGGAAGAUGUUUCAAAAGUGUUUCCUUACAUAAUUUCCCAUUAUUUGCUGACUGAAGUUCUGUCACUGAACAAGAAAAAAACUCUUGUGAUCCAUCCACAAUAUGACUCACUGUCCAUGUUCCUAGCAAUGGUUGCCAAAGACCUGUGUCAACAGGUCUUCGUUUGUUGUUGGGGUGAAGAGAUUGCAAGUGACCUUCAAGCAAUUAUACCUGAAGUGACUGUACUUUCAGCACAAAACACAAACUAUGUGCUAUCUUUGUCAAAGGGACGAGGAUUUGAUGCAGCUAUUAAGCUACGGGGUUCAGAUCUCAGCAAGUCAUUCUUGUCAUUGGCUGAUCAUGGUCACAUGGUACUCUGUGGUAAACCAAAUCUCUUUGAAGAUCUGAAACUUGGUAUUUUUCUCAACAAUAUCACUUUCAAAGUAACAGAACCAUUAAAUGCUGUCAUCAGCUUUCUUUCAAGUCAUGAAUCUUGGGAAGAAAAACUGAUGGCAGUAAUUUCUUCUGAGAGGUUCAAUGAGAAUUCUGAACUGAACAAGAUAAGGCUUUCAACUCUAAUUCCUUACCUGAACUUGAAAACUGUGGCUCUGCCUUCUCCUCCUCUAUCAACUGAUGAUGAAAAAUUUAUAAAUAAUGUGGUUGUUACUCUAGAUAAUAUCUUAAAGAAAAUCUUCCGUGUGCAAUCUGAGGAUGUUUUUGAAUCCUUUCAAACAACUGAGCAUAAAUCAGUUUCUGAUGUGACCAUUUUAAGUCCCGUGUUUGCAACAUGGGAUAGUUCAACACCAGAAAGCUCUCCAGUCCAGUAUAUAAAGUCUCCAAAGCUUUCCAUAAAGAAAUCUGCUCCCUGUCGAACUCUUUCUACUUCAUUAGAUAGAAUUUCUCGAGAAAAUGAGUCUCUUUUUGUCUUGACUCCACCAAGGAACGUCUCCUCUUCAAAAAUAAAAGAAUUUAUAAAGGCUGAAGAAGUUCUCAUACCAUUGAAUUCUAUCAAAACUGCAGACUGUCCCCUUAUCAUUGUUCAUCCAAUUACAGCAUUGCUUGCAAAGUUUCCAGAAGGUCCUUACAGACUUGCAGGAUAUUCUUUUGGUGCUUGUGUAGCAUUGGAAAUGGCUUUACAAAUGCAAUCGCAUCUAAAGGUUGAGUUACUGCUGAUGUUGGAUGGCUCUCCUAAAUAUGUUAACAACCACUGUGAAUAUAUCAAAGAAGAAAUAUCUGAAAUCACUGCUAGUAAAUCAAAGGAAGAAUUGCAAGAAAUUGGCUACAUGGUAAGCUUUAUAGAAAUGUACAAAUCAAUGGACAAAGAGCUUAGAGCUCUUGUUUAUUCUUCACUCCUUCAGCUGAACAGCAAGGAAGACAGGAUUGUUUUCCUUUUAGACUAUCUACAUGGCAAAGCUGUCCAAAGCCCUGGGCCAGCAAGGAUUAAUUGGCUAACAGCAUCUUUCAAGACUUUGCAUAAGACCAAACAAAGUCCUGAUCUUGUGUCUACAACAACAGAAGUAAUAAGAGCACACCUCGUGUACAUCUAUCUAUCUAUCUAUCUAUCUAUCUAUCUAUCUAUCUAUCUAUCUAUCUAUCUCUCUCUCUCUCUCUCUAUAUAUAUAUAUAUAUAUAUAUAUAUAUAA